UUGCGCAAGGUCAUGAAGCCCAAGGUCAAGUUCACCACUAUUUCUGGAAGGGCUGCCUUGACUCUCGAGAUUUCGACUGGAAUUCCAAUUCAAAUACCAGACGGGACAGCCUACGAUGGCAUAAAGCAAGCAAAGAAAGAAGCUCUUCUCAAGUUCUUUGCCAAGCGUCCUUGGAUACUACUUCCAAACAGAGAGAGUCCAAUUCCACGAAUUAUACAAAUUCUCAGAGCACUGUUCCACUUCUCAGGACAACCGUUCUUCAUAACCUCAGAAGGCGACAUCCAACCAGUUCAGUAA